AUGGCUAGUGGCGAUAUAAAAAGCUCCAAGGGAGCUUCAGUGUUUUUCGGUAUAUGUUUCAUUGUUUUGCUCGUCAUCCAUGUGGUGCUAAUGCUUUGGAAGCAGUCGUGGCACAUGUUAUGGUUAAUAAUUGGUACUAUCCUAGAGCUCAGUGCAUUUUUUUCAAAUAAUGCCGGAAAUGGUGUUCAAAGUGUCCAAGUUAUCAUCGCUCCAAUAUUUAUUGCCGCAUCUGUGUAUUUUUCAUUUAGUGGGUUAUUGAAAAAGCUCGAGAUUCCCAAAAUCGGCUUUAAUCGAAGAUUCCAAUCAUUUUUAUUCAUCAUUGGUGAUAUUAUCUCUUUUGGUCUUCAAAUUGCUGGUGUUGUGCUUCAAAUGAUUGAAGAUGACAAGUCGCUAGGUCAAGGGUUGAUUAUCACUGGAUUCAUUGUACAAAUCGUGUCCUUUUGUUGUUUUUUUACUUUGGUGAUUGCCGGUCAUCGCAAAGUUAAUAGAAUGCCAUUGCAAUCAAUAAUGAAAGGUUAUUAUAGUUGGAGGACGUAUUUCAAAGUACUUUAUGUGCUUGCAUUGCUAUUCUUUAUUAGAAACAUCUUUAGAUUGGUUGAAUAUGCACAAGGGUAUGGUGGAUACAUUUUCAACCAUGCUGUAUAUGCAUACAUUUUUGAUGCUGCUCCAAUGUUGAUUGUAUGUAUCCUUUUGGUAAUUGUGCAUCCAGGCUUUGUUUAUGCAAAAGUGCAAAAAUUCAUGAUGGAACCAAGGGGGGACCAGGAGGAUGAUAUAGUAGAUAAGUCGUCAAUUGAAAUGGCCUAG